UUUCGAUCCAAGCAGACGAGGCGGUGCUCCGGGCUGGCUGCUCCGGAGCUCAGUACCGUUGCUGGAAGACGCCGGAGCGGCAACAGGUCCGCGACGCACCUGCGUGUGAAAAAUCGCGUCCAUGCCAAGCCACUGGUGCCGACGACGGGCAGGUUUCAUGCUACGCAGCACGCGGAGGCAUUUGCGAAUCUGCGUCCAGCCGAACCCCCAGUUUGCCAUGGUCAUCUCCACGACGUACUCGAGCGGUGAGCUCCUGUCCUCGUUCGCCCGGCACUCGGCCGUCGCCACGCCGACGGGCAUGCUGCAGCCCAUGCCGCCGCACGUGGCGCACCUGUCCAUGCAGCCGCCCUCUGCUGCCAUGGUCGACGCGCAGCAGAAGCGCUCGCCGCUGCUCUGCGGCUACCCCAGCAAGAAAUGCUGGAGCUGGCGCGUCGAGAAGCGCAAUGGCGAGCUACACAAGUUCUGCGAGUACCAUCGCCAAAAGGCCAACACGAACCAGCGCCGCAUGGAGCAGCGUCGCAAGCAAGGCCGCUCUGCGUCACCACGCACCAAGAACAGUGGCUCGCGCCGCUCGCACAAAGUCUCCGCCGAGGCCAAGCGCGAGGUGGUGAUCAAGGCCGAGCGCCCCGCUUCCAUCCCCAAGUCGAUCUCGCACCCCAAGGCGGUUGUCGUCCCGCCUGUGCUCAACAACGCGGGCAGCCCGCGCGGCAUCGACUGCUUCGGUAGCGGCAGCGCCGUCAUGGAUGACGCCGCCAUGUUCUCGUGGAUGGACGCGGAGCUGGACAUUGGCAUCGGAAUGGACGCGGCGGUGGACUAUAUGAUGGUGGACACGCCAGUGAUCGACAUGGAACCGUCCGACACGCCCGUGGACCUGUUCGAGGAGGACCUUUUCUUCCUUGAACACUUCAUCGACGAGAUUUCGAACAGCACCGUCUAAGGUGUCGCGUCACCCUUCCGUGGCUUCCAGUGUUGGCCACUCUCACCCAACGACCCCGUCCAUUUAAGUUAAUGAGCGUCUUGCCCGCUCUCCAAGUCGACCACGCGUGGGGUCUACUCCUCCGCCCGCGGCCUGCACAUAAAGUCCGUAUUUUGAAACAAGUAGCAGAAGUAGAAUUGAAAAAAAAGCAAGAAAAGUAACGUAGACGCUGUACAGCAAAUGGAAAUGCAUCGAGUACUAUGCAUGCGACCAGCGACCCAAGUAGAGCCAAGUAGAUUUAUUUAUUUAGAGAAGGGCCUGAAAUAUGAAAAUGGACUGUGUUUUGCAACUUCCUCAAC